AUGGCGAAAGCAGGAGGAAUAACGAACGCAGUGAAUGUAGGAAUCGCUGUUCAAGCAGAUUGGGAGAAUCGAGAGUUUAUCUCACAUAUCUCUCUCAAUGUUCGUCGUCUCUUCGAAUUCCUCGUCCAAUUCGAAUCGACGACAAAGAGCAAAUUAGCAUCUUUGAAUGAGAAGUUGGAUCUGUUGGAACGUCGCUUGGAGAUGUUGGAAGUUCAAGUGAGCACUGCGACUGCAAAUCCUUCUUUGUUCGCUACAUGA